AAUGGUAUCCUAUAAACUUUCAGGAACAAUCAACAUGUGGUCCCCCAUCUCGUGAUACAAUCCGGCCAAAACAUAGGUGGGUCCACUUACAGACCUCUCUCCUCUUUUCUCUCUCUAUGUGUUUUAAUAAUAUUUUAAUCAAUGUUAUGCAUUUAGAAAUGCUUAACUUUCCUCCCUUUAAAAUUCCUCAUCAAUUUUUUUUUUUUUUUUUUUAAGAAAUCAUCAAAAACUAUUUGAUUACCUUACAAUUUUCAAACCCCGACUACCCAUUGGUUUUUCUCCUAACACACGGUUUAGGGUUUUAGCAUAUUCGGUGCAAGCAAGAACUCAGUAAUCUGAUCUCUGCAUUUGCAAUUCAAUCAAUAAUCCCCCUACUAUCCGUCCAUGUUUCGUUGCAGAGUUUUAUGGCGGAGAAAUCUCACUCUCAGCCGCAAAAAUCCCACUUCUGCAGCACCAUUCUAUGCGCAUAACCCCAUUUCAGGCGACAUUGUGCAAAAUGAGCAUAAUAGGUUGUUCAGUUCGAUUGUUCGCAGGCUCAAAACCCCCGAAUUUGUUCGAAGUUACUGCUCUGGGAAGCCGAAUUCGGGUGAAUGGACUGAGGAAAUAGAGUAUUUAGAUGAGAAGGGAGGUGUUCUUUGCACCGGUAAAGGCGUUCGUUCUGUCGAACCGGGUAUUGAUGAUCAUGUUAUGUCAGGUGGGGUUAAGAAACCAUUUCUGAAUGCUUCUGCAGUUGCAAAACUUGUGGAGAUAGUGAGGAGGUGGAAAUGGGGGCCUGAGAUGGAAACGCGAUUGGACAAACUUCAAUUUGUUCCCAAUAUGACGCAGGUAAUUCAAGCUAUGAAAAUAAUCAAUGAUGGCGAAAUGGCGGCUAGCUUGUUCCAAUGGGCAAAGAGGCAACAACGGUAUGUUCCAAAUGAUGAAUGUUACUUGUUGUUGUUGGAUGAAUUGAAUAGAAGUAGAGAUUAUGAUAAAAUGCAAUCAUUGUUUGAUGAGAUGAUUAGCGAUUAUGUUGAUAAUGGUAAUUUUUCUUUUUGUGCUUAUAAUCGUGUAAUUCAGUACUUAGCUAAGGCUGAAAAAUUAGAGGUGUCAUAUUGUUGUUUUAAGAAGAUUCGGGAAGCUGGUUGUAAGGUUGAGACACAAACUUGUAAUCAUUUGAUAACCUUAUUUUUGAACAAGGGUUUGCCUUAUAAGGCGGUUGAAGUGUAUGAGGGUAUGGAAGCAAGUGGAUGUUCAUUAGAUAGUUCAACAUAUGAGUUAAUGAUACCUAGCUUGGCACGAUCUGGUCGUCUAGAUGCUGCUAUUAAGCUUUUUCAAGAGAUGAAAGAGAGGAAAUUUUGUCCUAGUUUUUCUAUAUUUGCAUCGUUUGUUGAUUUGAUGGGGAAGGCAGGGAGGCUGGAUAUGUCAAUGAAGUUGUAUAUGGAAAUGCAGGGCUUUGGAUAUAGGCCAUCAGCCACUAUGUUUGUUUCACUAAUAGAGUCUUAUGUCAAGGCUGGAAAAUUAGAAGCAGCUCUUCGGAUUUGGGAUGAAAUGAAAAAAGCUGGUUUCAGGCCAAAUUACGGACUUUAUACGAUGGUUGUUGAAUCUCAUGCAAAAUCAGGAAAGCUUGAGACCGCAAUGUCUGUUUUCCAGGACAUGGAGAGAGCAGGGUUCCUGCCUACACCCUCUACCUACUCUUGCCUAUUAGAAAUGCAUGCUGCCUCUGGACAAGUGGAUCCUGCCAUGAAGCUCUAUAACUCAAUGACAAAUUCAGGUUUAAGACCGACACUCAGUACUUACACUGCACUUUUGACCCUUGUAGCCAGUAAGAAGCUGGUGGAUGUGGCUGCUAAAAUUUUGCUUGAAAUGAAAGCCAUGGGUUAUCCUGCAGAUGUUAGUGCCAGUGAUGUUCUUAUGGUCUAUAUCAAAGAUGGUUCUGUAGAUCUUGCAUUAAGAUGGCUUCGGUUCAUGAGUUCAUCUGGGAUAAGGACUAAUAAUUUUAUCAUCCGACAGCUUUUUGAGUCCUGCAUGAACAAUGGUUUAUAUGAUUCUGCCAAACCUCUUCUUGAAACAUACGUGAACUCAGCUGCAAAAGUUGAUCUGAUACUUUACACAUCAAUUCUAGCUCAUCUUGUCAGAUGUCAGGAUGAGCAGAGUGAGAAACAUUUAAUGUCCAUUCUUAGUGCUACAAAGCAUAAGGCACACGCCUUCAUGUGCGGUCUUUUCACUGGCCCAGAACAAAGGAAACAACCAGUUUUACUCUUUGUUCGGGAUUUUUUCCAAGGAAUUGAUUAUGAACUAGAAGAAGGGGCAGCUAAGUACUUUGUUAAUGUACUCCUCAAUUAUCUUGUUCUAAUGGGACAGAUAAAUCGUGCUCGUUGUGCUUGGAAGGUCUCCUAUGAGAAUAAGCUUUUCCCAAAGGCAAUUGUCUUUGAUCAGCAUAUUGCUUGGUCCCUUGAUGUCAGAAAUUUAUCGGUUGGAGCAGCACUCAUUGCUGUCGUGCACACCCUUCAUAGGUUUAGAAAACGCAUGCUUUACUAUGGCGUUGUACCCCGAAGGAUCAAACUUGUUACUGGGCCAACUUUGAAGAUUGUGAUUGCCCAGAUGUUGAGCUCAGUUGACUCUCCGUUUGAGGUUAGUAAAGUUGUUUUGAGAGCUCCAGGUGAUUCUGUCCUGGAAUGGUUUAAGAAACCUAUAGUUCAAAAGUUCUUAUUAAAUGAGAUUCCAUCUCGAGUUGACAUUCUCAUGCACAAGUUGAAUAUAUUAUUCCCCAGUUCUGCACCUGAAAUGCGAUCUUUAUCACCACCUAAACCUCUUCUUGGUGGGAAGACGUCUUGAAUAGUAUGUACCUAUUCAUCAAUGAAAUGUAGGGCUCUUUUAAGGUUAGUUUAUAGACAUAGAAGUAGAAGUUUUUGGUUCUCCUGUAUUGAUGUACUCAUAUAUGUUAAUUGGGAGGAUGUGUUCCAUGUAAAUCCUGUUACCUUGUGGUUACUUUUGUUUGUCCAUCUACAUUUUUUUUCACACAAGGUUUUUUUUUUUUUUUUUUUUUUUUCGAAAAGAAACUCUAUUCUUAGAAGCAUAAAAAGAAGAGAUAUUUCCCUUGUGAGGUGUGCCCAUUAGUAGUUAAAGAUUGUUACUAUUUGACCAUCAUCUAUUAACAAUUCAACGUUUUUAUUUAUCACAUUAUAAUUUAUUUAUUUUUUCCUUAAAAAAAAAAGAGGAAUUAAUGUGGGUGAUCUGCUAUUGAUUAUUAACUUGUUCUAUUUCAUCGAGUACAAAUCGCCACACAUUAAAAAAGGUAAAUUCUUCAUCCCAUUCUUUCACUGUUUUAAUUCGGUGCUCAAUUAAGUGUCCUCACAAAAGUUGAAACAAAGAAUUUUCAGGUUUUCUGGAGUUCAGGGGAAUCCUUGCUGUGGGUGCUGCAACGUGACCAGAUGUGGAGCUUAAUGUGACAGUAUGGUCAUCGAGCUUACCUUGACAUUAUAUUCAUGUUGUGAUGAGUCUUGUGACUGUCUAAUCAACAUUGUCGUGGUCACUACCAUGACCUAAUUUUGCCACUGUUGGCAUUCUAGCAUGUGAUCUCAUUGCCUCAAUUGAUGCAAAAUCUUGUGUUCAGCAUUUACUGCAGAUUUAACGUGACAAGUUGGUCAUGUUGUGACAGUCAAAUUGGCCACAUUACUGUGGUCAGUUUUUGCCACCGUUGGCAUUAUAGCAUGUGCAUCUUAUUGUCUUAAUUGAUGCAAAAAUCUUUGUUGUUCAGCAUUUCCUGCAUAUUGUGUUUGUUCUAAUAAGUUUUGCUUAUUGCUACAUAAUCUCACUGAUUGUAUAAUCUUGCACCUUUUCUUUUAUAAGAUACUGUUUCUUGUAUUAGGAGCCACAUACUUUUUGGCUUAAUUUUGACUCU